AUGAAAAGUAAUAUUUCACUUCAAACCAAGCUCAAUAUUUCCUUUUUAAACUUGUUCAAUUUUUCAAAACAACUUUUAGAGACAAAUGAUUUUAGAUUAAUUGUUCAAUCUCUUUUAAAAUUCGGUCAACAUGACUUAGCUAUAGAAUUUCUUGAUGACAAGACAUCUAAAAUUGACUCACAGUAUUCAUUAGAUAUUGGUUAUUGUCAUUUAUGGUUAUGUAGCAUUGUAAUAGACAAGUAUAGAAAUAAUGUACUUGACAUGUACAGAAUACCAUUUAGUGAAUUGAUAUAUUUCAUCAAGGAGGUAAUUUGUUCAGAAAAUGGACUUUUUCAAAAGACUCAAUCUUCUGGAAAAAUUGUUGAAAUUCCAAAAACUUUAUUUCAUCUAUUUGAGGAUGCAUCUCUCCCUCAACAAUUCAUGCUCAAUGGGCAAUUAAUCGUAAGCAAUCAUAUUGAGUUAAUUAUUGAUAGAUUAGUCCAUGCAUCAACACAUUUUCACAAUGGUGGUCAUUUGAAAAUUGCUUUCAAUAUUUAUCAAAGACUUAUUGAAUACUACACACAAGUGCCAAACUCUGAAAAUAUUCUUGGAGAUUUGCACAAACAAUGUUCAUUAUGGUACAAUGACAGAAAAGAGGGAAUUGAAUAUCUAUCUAAAUACUGCAAAUAUUAUUAUGUCUCUGUAAAAAUAAGCUCAGAGAGACAUGAGGAAUUUAUUUACAGAUCAUAUCAUUUUGAAAAUAUUGAUACUCUAAUUGAAAAGAGAAUCAAAACUGAUUUUCCAAAUUUUACAAUAAUCAAUUCUAGAAAUGUUCAAAUAUCAGAGGGUUCUGUUAGAAUUUUACCAGCAUUUGAAGAAAAAUCAAAUUGUUUUAUAGUUUAUGAUUAUCAGAGAGAGGACGAUAGAGUUUUUCCUGAAGAUGAUAAAAUUUUUGGAUGUAGUAAAUCAAGGUAUUUCAUAGGAGAUGUUGAUAUAUUUAAUAAUCAGCUAGAUCAACACUACUCAUUAAUGAUUUUAAGGGCUAGGGUUAUUAGCUCAAUAUCAGUGUUUGAUGAGGCAAAUCAAAUGCAUGCCAAUUGUCAUUAUUUGACAAAUAUGGAUAAAUAUAUCAAGAGAACGAGCCAAAUACUGGCCCAAAAUAUUGUCAAUGGUGUUUCACUGACAGAUUCAACAACGUGCUAUAAUUUAUUUCUAUUCAUUGGUAAUUUAAUAUUUGAUAUUAUGGAGGGAGGAAAGUUGGAUUAUGUUUUAGGAUUAAAUCAAUGUAAACAAAUUAUUUAUUGCUACAAAGGAAUUUAUAGAGAUGAAUUGGCAGAUAGAAAGAAGGAAAUUAGAAGAAAAUGGAUGAAGGAGAGAAAGUUCGCCACUGAAAACAAACUUGAACCACCACUAGAACCAAGUUUGACAAAUCUAAUUGAACAUAAUGAAGAAUUCUUAAAGCUUAAAGAUGCAUUUAAUCAAUUAAUGGACUCUAUCAAUCAUGCAUUCAUUCUUUAUAAGGAAUUGGGAACAGCAAUCUAUAAAAAUUACAAAGGUGUACCAGAAACGUUGGAAAAGGUACAAAUACUCAAGUUACAAACCUUAACAUUACUAAGUGAAUUACCCUCAGUUAUUGAAGAAAUCACAACAAGCACCAGCACUGCUUCAGAACAAUUAAAUAUUUAA